AUGGACUAUGAGGAGCUGCAGAAGGGCCAGAAGGUGUUGCUGGAGUUGGACGACAAGAAGAUCUGCUGUGAGUUUGAGAGCUACAAUCCUGGCCAACAGUAUGUCGUGUUUGUCAAUCUGGCUGACUUCAACACCAAGCGACACUACGCGCGCAGAGCCACCUUUCAGACCCGCGAGAUAAAUCGCAUUCACCUGUUUCCGGACAGCCAGAAAGAGGAGGAUGCAUCUUCAAUCACCUCAGGCAACACGGGCAGAAGUGUCGUGCUGACCGAUGAGGAGAUCCAAGUGGUGCAGAAGGCGCUGUGCGAAUUCACGUACAUCAAGCAGACAGACAAGGUGUACUUCAGAGCAGUGGAGGAACUGAAGCAGUGCGAGAAGAUCGCAUUAGACGUGAUUGGGGGACGCAAGGGGCGCUUCUGUCCGGGCUCUCUGCUCAUUCUGGCCACCAGGGAGUCUAUCUACGUCAUAGACUUGAUAUAUAUCGGCAGUAUUCCGUGUGAGUUGAAGAACAUCCUCCAGGCGCGAUCGCCUCAGAAGAUAAUCCACGAUUCCUGUGCCGUGGGUGACUUUCUCCUCAGCCACAAAAUCAGCCUGACCAACGUGAGUGACACUUUCAUCGCGCACGCGGCUGUGACGAACACGGAGAAGCUGGUGAGCGUGCAAGAGUGCGUCCUGCAGCACCUGAAGAUCCCCAUGACGAGUGUCACGGACAAGGACAUGUUGGCCUUCGAACACCGGCCGCUGACCAUCGAACAGUGCGCCUUGGCGGCCGAGCAAGUGGCUUUCCUGCAUCACCUCAACACUGUCUUGCUGGAUGGGAACCUCUUUAAGCGCUACUACGACGCCUGCAGAGCCUACAAGGACGGCAUCUCGCAGUAUGACGACUCGGCCUUCGUGGCUGUUCGCGUGGGGGCGCAGAACUACCAGGAGUGGAUUAAGAAAUUCCAACUAUUUUGAGUAAUGAAUGAUUGCAUUAAAA